AUGGUUGGCAUUGCAGCAACUGCUUGGUAUACCGGAGACUUUGCUAAUUCGGAAUGCUCACUGGAAUUCAUCCCCACGAGAUCCACGGUCACAGCGAAUGUCACGAAUUCAUCGAUAACCGUCGUCAAAUCCAGUGGUAGUGCGGCAACCGACCCUGAACCAACGGGACUCCUUGUUAAUAACACUGUUACGUCCCUACACUUUCUGUCUAAGAUGGGGCCCUCUCUUUACGUCUCGGUAAUGGGCGACGCGUUUGAGUAUAACGUGCAUACCACGUACAAAUCUUCCGCUUACGGUAACCUGACUCGCCGCGAAGUCGGACUCAGAGCCACCGAAGCUUCAUUCGAUGCCAUCCUCGACGAUAUCCUCGGAAUCUACGGAAGUGGUCAGAUCGCCAUAGCCAAUGAAACAACAAGCACGACCAUCGCAGGCACCUUCGGUUCGUACCUUUUCGGAAAGCCACUUGUACUUGGCCUCAUACUUCCGGUCAAUCUAGUCAUCCUCUUAGUCAUCGUGAUUGAAGGUAUCAGGGCGAGAUUCUGGCGCCAUCUGCCGCAAUUCGAUAUCUUGGAUUUCAAAAGUACUGUCACUGCAGCGUCUCUUGGUGGUAACAACAUCUCCAAAAAGGUUCAGCGACAACGAGGGGAAGGCGAUAAGUGGACUGCUGAUGCCGCAGAUCGAAUGCUCGGCGAUAUUAAAAUGUGUUUGCCUCAAGGCGACUUCGCAGAGCCUAGGAUAAUCCUUGAUGGAGGUCUUCUAAUGCAGGACGAAGCUGACGGAGGUGGCACAGAGAUGGACGAUGGGAUGGCCCCCUUGGAGACAGAGCCAUACACUGGUGCCCCUGCAGCGUGGAGUCCGAUUGGACAGCACAAUGAGCAUUCAUCGGGACAACGGAAGACGUCAUGA